CCCAUUUCAGUCAACGUUGCCCGUAUACACAUUGCAAGUCCUCGCCUUGAGCGAGGUGAAAGAGUCCACAACUUGCAACUGCAACUGCAACUGCGCUGCAACCAUUAAUGAAACGGCUCCCAGAUCCGCUAUAUGCUGAGAAUGUAUGAAGAAUUACCAGUAAUUUCAUAGAAGAGAAAUCUCAGAUCAGAGAUCGCGAAUGACAUAGGUGCCUGACCGAACAUGAAAAGUGGCGCAAUAAAAAUAAAUUUAUAAUACUUGUUCAAGUAAAGGAGUUUUGAAAAAAAAAUCAAAACUUAGGAAACUAUGGAUACAACUACAAAGUUUGCUAGUAAUGUGACAUUGAUAAACGUUACAGAACAGGAGACGUUCAACACGACGGCAUCAAACGUUUCCGGAUUGAAGUUUCCGCCGGUCGGUUACUAUAAAAACACGUGGGUGCUGCUCUUUAGGGUGAUCCCGCCGAUUCUUAUUUCCAUUGGAACGAUCGGAAACGCUAUGACUGUUUUCGUGCUGCUUCGUCAGAAGAAGAUGACGUCAACGGCGAUGUUCCUGUUAGCUCUGGCGCUUUCAGAUACAUUCAUUUUGUGCAGCGGACUUCUGCAAAGCUGGGUGUCUCAUACCUGGGACAUUGACGUCUUUUCGCUGAGUAGCCCCGGGUGUAAAGCGCUACACUACCUUUGCUACUGCAGCAUCCACCUCUCAUCGUGGCUGAUCGUGGUCGUCACGCUCGAGAGAACAGCUUGCGUGCUGUUCCCGCAUAAAGUGAGACUUGGCUGUUCCCCACGAAACGCUGUGUUGAUCAUCGUCACCAUUGUGCUAGCCGUCUUCGGAAUUAAUAUAAUACUGCUCGUGAUAGUUGAUGUGAAUGAAUACACGGGCUGGGAAUGCUCUCCGUCCACGAAGGAUAACUACGACCUAUUUUACUACGUUUAUGGAUGGAUCGACCUUACGUUAACUUUCGGCGCUCCGUUCCCGCUGCUACUCAUUGGCAACGUCAUCAUCAUAGUGCAGCUCGCGCGUUCCCGUUCAAGACGUCAGCGGAUGAACAUUUCCGGUCAGACGCGCGACACGCGUCCAGUGUCCAUUGUACUGAUCGGGCUGUGCAUGCUGUUCCUCGUCACGAUGACACCAGUGUCAGUCUAUAUGUUGUAUUACCCCUACCUGUCUGAGAAGCUCCAGGCGCUCAUGUCAGUUGAUCCUUACACGGCCAAGUACGAUACCGAGUAUUAUGAUUUCCUCUACCAUGUUGCCGUUCUGAUCAGCUACUUCAACGCCACCUUCAACUUUGCCAUCUAUUUGUUCAGCGGCUCGAAGUUCCGCGCAGAACUGAGGAGCCUGCUUUGCUGUAAGGCAACAAAAGGCACCAGCCUGUUUGGAAGCUAGGGGCCGAUGCAGACGAAAUAUUAAUGCCACCAGCAUCAAAAUUGCCGACGAAAACCCUUAUCAUUAACACUAUUUGAUAUAAUUGCUUAUUUCAUAAUAUUUAACACAUAUGCUGGAUUGAUUUUUCAUAUUGGUCAUACAUAUUUGAAUUAUUCUACACCUUUAAUAAAUAUGUGAUUUUGAAAAUAAGGUUAGACGGUUUUGUACGUAUUAAACUCUAUAAAAGGCAUCAAUUUCCGCGAAGAGAUUUGACGGGUCCUCCGCGCAGAGAUUGACGGGAACCAGCAUAGCUGAAUCAAAUCCCUGCCUUCAUAACCAUCCACGCGAUGAUAGCCUUGCCACGUGGUACAAUAAUUUAACCGUUGUUGCUUUUACUUAUUUUUAAUUUUGGUUAUAAAUUUGUUAUAAUGAACCUAAACUUUAACACUAUGUUCAAAAUGUAAAAGAAAAUGAUAGUACUUUUUAUACUAUAAUACUUAAACCAAUAAAAUUAAAU